GCCAGGAGGAAAACAAAUAGAAGCUGUCGGUGAGACUGCAACAAGUUUUCAUCAGUUGUUCGGGAGGUCUAGGUGUUCAACUGGGGUGGUCCUCGCUGGAACCAGGGGAACACAAAGAUGUGCUUUUGGGGCCUGGUGAACUUUGGAACAGCACUUAUCUGUGCUUGUUUCUCAGUCUGAAUAUGAACACUGUUUUGCCUGUAUUACACUUUGAAAAUGAUUUUUGUGGUAUGCCAAGCCUUCAUUAGAUAAUAUUUACUUCUAGAAGGAGUGGGUGACUGAUAACAGCUUGAUCAAGUCAAAUUAAGUCAGGCGGAAAGAGUGACACGCUGAAAUUGGAACAAGGAAAUCAAACUUCCAGCCAGCAAAAGUGGACUCUAUAUUUAGGCAAGAGACUUAAAAAGGAGUUAGGGAAGGCUGUUACACCAGUUUGGGAGGGUGCGAUUCUGCAGCAUCCAUGGCUGGGAAUCCCCUGGAAGGUCUCAUGUCCGUCACAGUGGACCACCAGCUCGUCUCCAGCACCACAGCGGACCCACAGAGCCUGCAGCCCUGCCCAGCCAGCAGCCAAGCAUCGCUGCACGGCAACAGGCACACACCACGCAGCAGCCGGGAACCAAGAAAGUGGUCUGGAUCCGGGUGUGGGCCCAGGUCCAGUUCAGGUCCAGCCUUUGGUUCUGGUUCUGGUUGUGGGUCUGCAGUCCAGGCCAGGAUGCUGAGGAGCCAGCACUCCCCUGAAAAUGCUGCCAGGGAGAGGAGCCGUGUGCGAAACUUGCGUCAGGCCUUCCACAGUCUACAGGCCGCUCUGCCCUCGGUGCCACCAGACACCAAGCUGUCCAAACUGGAUGUUCUGGUCCUGGCCACCAACUACAUUGCCUACCUGACAGAGACACUGGACCAGGGAGGAGCGCUGACUGAGCACAGUCUGCCCUCCAGGCCCGGCGGAUACUUCCAUCCUGUUAAGAAGUGGCCCAUGCGUUCCCUGCUCUACUGCGGCAGCAUGGGAGAGCUGCUGUCAGGGGUUCCAGCUAAUCAGAUGCCUCCCCCAGGACGGGACCGGACACGCCCACUUACCCCCACCUUAGCAGCUGACACGGAAUGACUUUGGGACAUGGGGCGCACCCUCCUCACCUUUCCUGGUCUCAUAAUCUCAGGCCGUUGUGUAUUGUGUGGUGCGCUCAUGUGAUGACAACAGACAGGUCAAAGCAACGUGGACGACUUUCAUGUAGACAGAGCAAUCAGGGACGACUCUGAGAGGAGAAUUCUACAAUUCAUCAUCGCUGAAGUUAGAGAUACAGAACACAAAUGCAAAUACAAAGUAUUAAGGAAAGGAAUUCAAACUAUCUUUUUUAAAAUGAUCACAUAUACACACCUCUAGUUUCAUGUAAUACAAAAUCUCAUGACUUCAAAACAAGAGGGUGAUUUGGUGGGCAGCAGACUCACUACAGUGGAGCAGACUUGAUACUGGGAAUCAAAGGCUGAGCGGAGACAGUCUCACUGUUCCAUUGUAACAGGUAAGGUCAGGUCAGGUCAGGUCAGGUAAGGUAAAAGCCAAGGUAACCUAAGGUAAAAGGUGGUUUCAUUAGGUAGAAACCCAAAACUUCCUAUGUUAUUCGGCAUCCAUUGAUUUACAGGGGUCACUCUGAGGAUAGAGACACACACACACACAGGCACACACAGGUACGUGCACACAUAUACACAGAUUAAUGGUCACACACACAGACAAGCUUUAGAUUCACCCCUCAUGACAUGUGGUGUGUACAUGACGUGUGACUGGCUCCAGUUCAUACCAUGCCAACAGUGAAAAUUCCAUCAUUAUCUGCACAUUAGACAGCAGGAUGGCAGGUAUAAAUUUAAAACAAGGAAAUGAAACGGCCGCUUCACUUAACAAAUUACACCACUAUUAUUUAUAAUGGAAACAUGAGACACAAAUCAGCCCAUGGAGGAACAGUGUGUAACCGUUUAUCUUGAUUUAAAGGUUGUACAGUAUUGUAGUUGUGUUUUUAUCAGACAUUACUUUCACACUAUGGAAGAUUUCUGUCACUUGUGUGGUUUUGGUAA